CUUCAUUAUGACAUCUAUUAAAUAGCUAGAAUAAAUACCGUAUUGCAAAGAAUUAUAAAUAUAGAUUGUCUAAGCUUUGAGCCAAUAGAAUGAUGUUGACCCGAUUGAAAGAAAUAUGAAACAAUGUCUUUGUUAAUCCCUGUAAGUGCUCAUUUUGGAGCUCAGUACUCAGUUUGUUCUGACAUCCGUGAAGCCAUCAAAAACAUUGAGAAAAAAUUGAGUCCGGGCCAAUUGCAAGAAUUUCGCAAGACUCCAAUUGGCCACUUCAUGGGGCUUAAGAACCUCCAAUUUUCUGGCCAGAUCAUUCACCAAAUGCUUUUGUUGCUUGUUGAGGAUCAACCUGACGAUGAAUUCUGGAUCCUUCGAAAUGGUGAAAUUGUCAAAUUCACUUUCAACGACUGGUGCAGAAUUACAGGGUUGCCGAACACAAAGAGGUACCCAGCUCUUAACGACAAACAGCUUGGACAGAGCUCACUGUGUCACACAUUCUUAGGAGGGGAGGUCACGAAGUGCACCUUCAAGCAUGUCCGAGAGAAGUAUGUUGCAGCGGAGAAUAACAUGGAUUCGGAGAAAAUGGUUGACUUUUCCAUGCUCUACUUCAUUGAGUCUGUCCUUCUAGCAAAGGAUAGAUCUACAUGCAUCGAAUCAACCCAUUUGCAUCUUGUCGAAGAGCCCAAAAAGUUCAAAUCUUAUCCAUGGGCUUGGGAGUCGUACUUACUUACUAUACGACAUAUGAAAGGUGCAAUGGAUGGUCAGCCCGAAAAAUUUGAAAAUAAGAGCAAGGAAACCUCAAACUACAAAUCCUUAAAAUACACCUUCUAUGGUUUUCCAUUGCCUAUUCAUGUGUGGGCUUAUGAGUGUUUUCCGGAGUUGGUUGAAAAAAACCUUGCUCUAAAAGAGGGGACUUCGUCUUGUGAAAUUAUUAAUUGGGCAUCAAAGAAGUUUCCAAAAGCAGUGACACUUAAGGACAUUUUCUUUCGUGAUUUGCAACAAAAGAAGAAUUCUGAUGCCGAUACCCUUCGAGCCAUUAGAGAUUUGAGGAAAAGGAUUGAUGGAGUUGAAGUGAAGAUUGAUGCCAUCAAGAAGUUGUUGGUGGAGGUUGUUAUGAAGCUGAAUUCAAGUGGCCGAAGGAGAAGAUCUGUUAGAAUUCAGAGACAGAAGAGAGCAAGGACAAAGGCGGCUGCUGCGGAAGAUGAUGAGGUUUCAGAAGAAGAUGAUGAAAUCGAGGAGGGUGCUGAGGAAAAUGAGGAAGAGACUGGUUCAGAUGAAGAUGCAGAUGAGCCUCAGGAAAAUAAGGAGGAGAGUAUGGAAAUUGAGGACGACACUGAGGAGACGGGGGAAACUGAAGAGGAGAAUGCGCUUGGGGAGAAUGAGGAUACUGAGAAAAAUGAGGAUGAGCACAGUCCUCUAGAGAAGUCUCACAAGGACGAGGAUCGUGCCGAAAUGGAGGGGACUGCUGAACAUGAACCCCAAGACAUCAUGUUUGUUGUGGAUUCACAUAUGGUUGAAGUGGAUGACAAGGAGGAUGACGAUUUAGAUGAAGACAAGCUUCUCAUGGAAUUGACUCUCAACAAGGAAAAGCUGUUGGGUAAGGGAAAACAUGUGAUCAACGAACCGUUACAGAAGAGAAAGAGACAAAAAUCAAAGUACUACUGCAGCCCUUUUACAGACCCCCGACCGCGUAAGAUUGCGCGACCAAAUGUGAAUCCGUUCACAAUUGAAAUAACAGCUGAAGAUUGGAACAGUCUUGAGAGUUGGAUACAUGAAGCGGACAAUGUCUCUCCCAUGACAAUUGAACUACAGUCCAAAGGUGUUGGUCACGUGAAUCGAGACUUCUUCCGUGAUCUUAUAGAUCAGGAAAAAUGGCUAAGCAAUGAUCACCUGGAGGCUAUUAUGGACAAUAUGCUGGAAGUUCUCAAUGGGAUAGAGCGCAAGAACUACACUGCUGUUGGACCAGUGUUUGUGAACCACUUACUACGUAUGAGUGCCGAUGAAUGUGUGUGGUCUAAGGAUAAGUUCUUAAACAAGUUUGAUUGGUCUGGCGUUGAAAAGAUUUUUUUGCCCGUUAAUGGAGAUGGGAGGCAUUGGCUUCUAGCUGAAAUAGAUCUCUUGCGAAAUCAAGUUCGAGUUUACGACUCCUUGAAAGGGCCGAAAUCCUCAUUCUACGUUAAAGAAGUAACUGCAGUUCUGAACACAUGCCUGAUUUCCGAUGUCAAUUUGCAGCUAGGUUAUGGCGUGGAAGGAAAACUACCAAUAUUUAGCUUUUUCACAAUCAUAUUGUAGGGAUCUCACAUAUGUUUGUGAAACUCUUUGUAAUGGUUUUUGUGCUUUGUAAUGUAUUUUUUGGGGAAACACUUGUUAAUGAACAAUCUGUUACUGU